ACUUUGCUUCAGUCACAAUCCAGCAGUACAUAGCACUAGCUGGCUGCGCGCAUUCCGUUAAGCGAAAGUGUUUUUAGUGACAAUAAUUAUUUGAAGUGGUGUUUUGUGCUUUCCUUUUUAGCUGCUAAUCGUAGCGAAGAAGUUGCAUUUUUGCUUUGCUCUGGAUUUCUACUUCAUUUCAAUGCUUUUGAUGAUCAAAUUUUUUCAAUAAGAAAACGAAAACAAAAACGUGUACGAAACGCUCAGCUAACAUUGCGAAUAUAAAUACAUAACUACAACAACAACUUCAUAUAUGUAGUACAACCAGUUUGUUAGUUGAUUUCCAUUUGAUUGUGCAGCGCUGGCACACUUACCAACUUUUUGGUCAAAGCCGCUGGCUUUUAGACGUUUUUGGUAACUUCGUUAGAUUUUGUAAUCAAGUGAUUCAGCUAUUUGUGUUUGCCAGUAUUGUUGUUGUUUACACAUAAAGCGUACGUACAUAUAUAAUUUGUGUGUGGAGCGAGUGCGAUAUCGUAGUAAUAAAAGCGUAAUUACACAUAAAACACACAAAAUAACGUAUAAUAAAUUCAGAAAGUGUUAAAGUGCAACGGUAAUUUAAAACCAUCUAAGCUGUGUAGAAUUAAAUAAAUUCAUAAAACAAACGAUUUUGAAAAGUUUCUCUCCAAAAGUUUAAGAGCUUAAUAGACGCACACAAAAUGAGUUCACUCUCAUUUAUGGAUAUGUUAAAGCUGACCUUUAAGGCUCUCGAGUUUAAAUAUGAACAAAGCAAACACACUACUAAUAUCUAUGAGGUGGCCAAGACCACCAAAGGCGAGGUGAAAGGCGUGAAACGGCUCACCAUUUGGGGUGAUUCUUAUUUCAGCUUCGAGCGCAUACCUUAUGCGAAACCACCACUGGGUGAGCUGCGUUUUCGCGCUCCCGUACCGGCUGAACCUUGGCACGGCGUACUGGAUGGCACUGGCCCCGCCGAGAAACCGCUACAGACAAAUGUUAUAUUUCGUAAAUAUAAAGGAUCGGAGGAUUGCUUGUACUUGAAUGUGUUUACAAAGAAUAUCAAACCAGAAAAACCUCAACCUGUUAUGGUUUGGAUUUAUGGUGGUGGCUUUCAAAUUGGUGAGGCCACACGCGACAUGUACAGCCCAGACUUUUUCAUGCACAAAGACAUCGUGUUGGUGACAAUUGCCUAUCGACUGGGACCAUUCGGUUUCCUAUGUUUGGACGAUCCCAAUGUGAAAGUACCCGGAAAUGCUGGGAUCAAAGAUCAAAUAUUGGCACUACGUUGGGUUAAAGAAAAUAUCGCAACAUUCGGUGGUGAUACAAACAACAUUACUGUGUUUGGUGAAAGUGCUGGUGGUGCUUCUACACAUAUAUGCCUGCUUAGCGAACAGUCCAAGGGGCUAGUAAACAAAGGUAUCGUAAUGUCUGGUAGCGCACUUUGCUCGUGGGCGAAUGUGCAAAACAAACGUUGGGCCUAUCGACUAGCUAAGGCGUUAGGCUAUCAUGGCGGGGAUAUAGAUACGGAUGUGUACGAAUACCUAUUAAAUACGAAAGGACCUGAUCUUGUGCGCGGUAAUGGUAUGGUGUUAACGAAAGAAGAGAAACACUAUCGCACACUUUUUGCAUUCGUACCAACUGUGGAACCAUAUUGGACGGAACAAUGUGUGUUGAGUGAGCCACCGUAUGAGCUAAUGAAAAAGACUUGGAGCAAUGAAAUACCAAUCAUUAUUGGUGGUACCAGUUUUGAGGGUUUAAUAUUUUAUCCAGAAAUAACCCGACGUCCCGCAACACUAGAUGAAGUGAAAAACUGCAAAAAUCUUGUGCCAAUCGAUGCCGGUUUUGAACGUGAUUCGGCAACGGCAGAAGCUUGUGGCCUCCGAAUCAAAAGCACAUACUUCGGCAAUGAGGAGUGUUCCCGCAAGACAAUGAUGAAAUUUUUGGAGCUGAAUUCGUAUCGUGAGUUCUGGGUACCCAUCUAUCGUACGGUGCUCGCUCGGCAACGCCACAGCACCGCCCCGACAUAUGUGUAUCGUUUCGAUUAUGACUCAAGGGAUGGCAAUGCCAUACGUAAUAUACUCUGUGGUCGCAAUGUGCAGGGCACUUGUCAUGGUGAUGAUCUCUGCUAUCUCUUUUAUGCUUUAUUUUCACAUAAACCGCCGAAGGGUUCCAAAGAGUAUGAAGUUACGCGCACAAUGGUUGAUAUAUGGACGAGUUUCGCAGCGAAUAGCGAUCCAAAUUGUGAUAUGCUGGAUGAUCUGAUAUUCGAGCCGGUCACACGUGAUGUGGGCGACGUUAAGUGUCUAAAUAUUAGUGAGAAAUUAGAAUUUAUUGAAUUGCCUGGCAUGGACCAGAUCAAAGUGUGGAGCGAAUUUUAUGCGCCGGGAAAACUGUGAACGAACUGCAGUGCAGAGAGAUUUCACGUCUGUGUGGCCGAUGGUCUACCUCAAUGUUAUUAAUUUUUUAGGAAGCAUGCUCUCCCACUCUCUUGUUAAGUGUACGUUUUAUGUCAUAUAUUACCAGGGUUGGAUAUUUAAAUAGCAACGAUUCUAAUGUCAAUCAGUUAUCACUUGUAAAUAUAUUUAUAUACAUUUGAAAUAUCUAUGUAACUGUAAAGUUUAGUAUUAAAUGCAGUGAUACAGUCUAUAUUAUUAAUGGUGUGGCAUGUUAAGGUUAUUCCUUUUAUAUAGUGAUAUACUUUUAGUUAUUGUAUGUGUUAUUCGAACAAUAAAUAUAUGCUGAGAUA